ACGCUUGACGGGCCGGGCGGACUUUUCUUGACCGUGGCUCCGCUCAUGAUGCUAAUGGACAGCCGGUGAGACGCAGCAAGAAGCAGCAAGGUGGAGCAGACCGGAAGGGGCGCCGAGCUGGCCGACUACGGCGAGCGAGAAAGCACAAAAGAAAGGACGUAAUUACCCAACACAGACGGAGCUAGUGAUGGCUGCCACUCGUUACCGCCGCUUCCUAAAGUUGUGCGAGGAAUGGCCUCUGGACGAGACCAAGAAAGGCCGAGAUUUAGGAACGUUUCUGCGGCAGCGAGUAGCAGCCGCCUUUCGAGAGGGGGAAAACACGCAGAUCUCAGAUACAGAAAAGUGUGACCUAAUGUAUGAAAGCCUGGCAAGAAUGAAUACAAAUACAUACAGACAGAGAUUUCCACGUGUGAGAGACACAAGCUUCACUGGGGUCACAGUUGAAGAGUGUAAAUUACUGUUGUCUGGCAGCGUGCAACAGACGGAGGAUGAAAAGAAGAGCUUGUGGAAAACAUUAACGGAGAGAUUUUCCUCCAAAUCAGACGAGGGUCCGGAGAAAGCGCCUGAAAAAUAACAUUUAAUGAUCUUGUUUUGUGGUUACAUGUACAGAAAUAAAAUGAUUAUUGCUA